AUCGGUUCAACGCAACCACAUGGAUGAAAGUGCGGCGGCGACGACGGGCGACAAGAGGACAAGACUAGAGAUUGAGGCGGUAAUACGCAAAGCAAAGGACGAGCGGAACCGACUGGAAGCUCAACGAGAAGCACACAAGCGCGCAAACCGAGAUUAUGCACGGAGUGUGAUCAAGCUCAUAGCGUUGGAAGCCACCGACUUGGACGCGUUGACUGAGUUUGCAGGUGCUCAACCACGUCACACAAGUGAGAUACAGUUGAUCGAAUGACUGUAGAGAGGCAACACAUGACGACAGAAUACACCAACAUCACUGAUGCCCUGGAUACGUUCGAGGCAGAGUACCAGAGGGUUCGAUACUCCGCCGGGGAAAUCAAGGACAAGCAACAGAAGGCCAAGAUCAUUGACGCUGCCAAAUCUAAACGAGAUGCGUCUAGUGGUGUUUUGAAAGCGCGACUCAGUGAGCUGUCCCACGUUGGCCAGUUGAUAGCUCCGGCGGCACGAGUGCCCCGCAAACAAAUUUCAACCGCCGAAUACAAGACCACCAUGGAGGCGAUUCAUCGGAUAUGGGGCGAACGCAAGGCGAUGGUGGACCCGCUAACUGCUGAUUUAGAGGUUGGCAAGUUGUGCAAACGCAUUGGCGAAGACGCAAAAGCUCUAAAACAUUUCCUCAACGCAGUUCAGCCGUACAAAGCGCAAAAGAAUUUGGUCGUGGAGCUCACCGACGACGACUGGACACGCAUCAAACACAGCGAGCAGGCCAGGAUGCGCGAAGCCCAUUCGUUGUUGUUUCACAUUUACUUGAAGACAACGGACAGAGAAAGCGCUGAAGCACACAUGAGAUCGUAUUUGGAGCUGUCGACGGUGGGAAGCCAGCGGACCAACGCACUGAAAUACCUGGAAAAGUUGUGCAUUGAGAUUGAUGGCAUUCUAGUUGAUUCAGCAUGGCGUGGUAGGUUGCUCUCCAAGUACUGUGGCGUGAUGGAAGUCGAACCGUCGAAGAAACUCAACGUGUCAGAUUCGAUUCUUGUAACCAACAGUUUGGGCAGACUUCCAGAUUUGCGCCUGGCCAUUCUCAAAGAGCUCAACCUCCUGUUUCCAAACGAUCCUUAUUUGCUCGAAUCGCUUGGUCUGAUGCACGUUCGACUGCGAGACUAUGUGACAGCAAGUCAAACCAUGGUCCAAUACGUGGCACUGCCGCAAGUGUCCACCCUGCCCCUCUUUGCCCAAGUGUUGGAGUAUACGCCUCCUCCGCACUUCCGGAGCUUGUCUCAGUGCAACCUCUCCCACUCAGAAUAGCAUCAUACAACAUGUGGACAGAAGCACGUAUUCGGCGUCGAGUACUUUUUUGUGGGUUCAAAUUAGUCGAUGGAAAUGUUACUGGUAUGUGGUUUUAUGAACGAGUCAUGUCCUCGUUCAGGUUGACACCUAACCUUGGCGACUUGGAUCAUGUCCUCAUCGCCGCGCUAGCAGACGUUGAUCAUGAUCACUUUACCCAGUCCGAGUUGCUUGGGCCGCAGUAGAUGGCAUGGGACGGGCCUCGAGCCCGGAAUGAUGUCUUCGAUGCGGCACAGCCCUCUAGGGCCUACAGUACGUGGUGGCCCAGAGUUCUUCAAGAAUGCGUG